AUGGCAGACGGACGCCAGAGGAGCAAGAGGCCCCGGCCCAGGCCUGCCCAGCGUCCUGCAGCAGGCAGCAGCAGCAGGCAGCAGCAGCAGGCAGGGCCUCCCCCUAGCAGGAGGCAAAGACGUGAGGACGGGCAGCAGCCAGCGGGUGCAGAGCAGCGGCAGGAGGAGCCACCUCAGCAGCCCCUGGCUGAAGCGGAGGGCCCAAGGAGGAGAAAGCGUCCAGCAGGGCGCCGGAGCCAGGCAUUUUCUGGCCGUGGCCACAGGCUGGAUGUCAGGGAGCAGGAGGAAGAUGCUGAGCCUCGUCCAGCUGCAGCAGCCAGCCGAAGAGGAAUUCCCAACUACAAUUUCCAGAUUGGACGGAUCACGUUCAUGAGGGACUCUCAGCCAGCAGCCGAGAGAGAGGCUCGAGAGGAGGAAGCUGGAAGCAGAAGCCAGUUCAUUCCCUUCUCAGGGACAGCCCAUGUGCUGGGCAGGAAGAAAGGGCCCUGAGCUGUGCAGCUUCUGUUCAAAGGGGAGAGAAAUAAAGGUU